AUGAAGACUGUCAACAAUAUCCAACAGUUCCUGAGGUCAGGAUGUCUCUCCACAGAUAAACUGUCUCCUGCUCAGUGGUCUGCUCUGGUCUUCAUAUUACUGUCAUCAGAAGAAGAUCUGGAAGAGUUUGACCUGAAGAAAUACUGUGCCUCAGAGGAGGCUCUUCUGAGGCUGCUGCCAGUGAUCAAAGCCUCCAACAAAUCUCUACUGAGUGACUGUGAUCUGUCAGAGAGAAGCUGUGCAGCUCUGUCCUCGGUUCUCAGCUCUCAGUCCUCCAGACUCAGAGAUCUGGAUCUGAGUUUCAACAAGCUGCAGGACUCAGGAGUGAAGCUUCUGUCUGCUGGACUAAAGAGUCCACACUGUAAACUGGAGACUCUCAGGUCAGCUUUAAUUAAACUAUUCGUUGAGGUGGUCUGUUUUUUCUCUUUUUCAGAAGAAAGUAUCAGAGAGAUGUUAGUGAAGAAGAAACAGCGUAGGACUGUUCCACGCAAUGUAAAGAAAAAACACAACAGUCUGCUAGAGUUAUGUAGCACCCAUGGCGCCUUCUGGAUUGAGAUGGCGGGUGCUCGGGUUCAGUAUUAUUUAGAAUAUUUAAAGCAAUAAACCCAGAGACAAAACUAUUCUAGCCAAAAAAAUUAAAACAGCGUUAUUAUUUACAGAUGAAAAUAUUAUAUUGUUCUGUGAGGAAAUUAGUUUAACAGAGAAAUAACAAUCCACAAACAUAUUGAUUUUAGUCCACCAAAUAACCGAAAGUGGUGUUUUCCCCAAAGUCCAAAGUCCCCUCAAACUCGUACUCACUCACGGUACCAGAGGCUCAAGCAGGAAAUAAUGGAAGACACAAAAAAAAACGUUGCAGGCCUGUUUUGAAUUGAAGUCCACUUCAAUUUCGGGCGGGUUCGCUGCUCGGAAACAAAAGGCUCAUCCUGACCUCUCCUCCGCAGCGGCGCCCGGUCCACUCUCUCUCCGCUCCUCUUGGCCGCUCGUUGCGUUUCUUCACGGCUCAGCCGCGCGGAGUUGCAUCUCUUCACCAGUCUCCCGAGCCUGCAUUAGCUCCGUCACUCAGGAAAACGUCCCGCUCAGCUCCCGACUUGCGAGGUUUUUUACUUUUCCUCCAAGCCUCCAGGCGGCAGCAAGCUAACUCCCCAUCCGUUGGCAGGUUUUUUCGUCCUCCGCUCGCUCAACCCCGAAAACAGAAAAACCACCAGCUGCCCGCAAACGGCUCGUUCCUCCUUCUUUUUUCCGCCAAAAAAAAA